CCCCUCACAGCCCCUUGGAAGAUCGGGGAGACUUCGGCGACCUGCAGAGGUGGUUCUACGAAGGGACUGGAACUACCACCUGGUUCAAGACGCAGGAUGGCUGGAGGCUGAUGUCCCAGCAGGUCUGGCCUGAGAACGAGCAGGAGGAGGAAGAGAGCUGGAAGCAGGAGGAGGAGCAGGAAGAAGAGGAGGACGAGAAGCAGGAGCAGGAGGAGCAGGAGGAGCAGGAGGAGCAGGAGCAGGAGGAGGACGAGUCUCCAGAUGGUGUCCUGUCCAUGACAGACAAGGAGAAGCGUUUCAUACGUCAAGCAUUCGAGUAUUUCAGGGACUAUGACGUCAUCGGCCCCUCCAUCAUCGCCGGCGGCGACCUGCAGCCCCAGCAGCUGCAGACCCUCCGCGAGAUCUACCAGCUCGUCGAGCGUGGGCCCUGCAACCAGGCGCUCAAGUCAACGGACGACGUCCUGAUCCUGCAGCUGCGGAUCAAGUCGCUCCAGAAGCAGCUGGCGCAUAAGUGCGUCAUCUGGACCAACACCGAGGAUUCGCUGCCGGGAGGGUCUGUAGUUGACAACUGCGUGUCCGAAGACAUCGGCGACGAGAUGCUGACCAAAGUCAAGGAGAAGAGAUCCAACGUGAAGACGAGCAAGGACGGACGCGGGAACGAGAGGAUCGAGUUCUGGAAGUACCACAAGAUGAUCGGUCAGAUCAGAAAGUCGUACGUGAAGGAGGACCGGCUUCGGCUGCUGGAUACGAUCGAGAUGUUCACUCCGACGUACAAGGCGAUGAUCAAGAAGUUCUCGUCUGCAGAAGAAGACGACCACAAGAUGAGCGACGAGCAUCUGCAGGUGAGAGGAGGGGGACGGGAAGGAGGAGGAGGACGAGAAGAAAGGAGGAGGACCAGGGCGAGGACGAGGACGAGGAGGACGCGAACGAGGACCAACACCAAGACUGGGAAGAACGAGGAAACAUUUAGACAAGACGAAGGGAAUGUAGGAAAGAUGAAGCAGGAUGUGGAAGAAGAUUUGAAAGCAAUGGUGAAGGAAGAAAGGAAGAAAGAAAGGAGGAUGGAGAUACAAGAAGCUGCGGGAGAUAUCGAGUUAACGGGACGGCAGGUCAUCGUGAAUGCUGCUUCUCUUGCAAUCGAUCUCAACAUGCCCGACUGCCUCGAGGACAAGAUCGCUUGCUUCACCAAGCACCACAUCGAGAUGGUGCGAGAGAGAGAGGGUUUUGGGUCCCACCUGGCAUGUUUUGUUGGUCGCUCCUUCGGUUUUUGCAUCACCACGACGGCUCGUCACUACGUGCAGCUGAGAAUGUACCACUUCGAGUUCCUUGUGUUCAAGAUGGACCCGGACAACUCGUCUCUCAAGAAGAAGAAGGACAUCACGGGAUAG